UCCCACAUCACUGAUUUAAAAUCCUUAAUGUUUUAUGAUGAUUUGGUUAAUGUUUAUCUUCAGUUUCACCCUCAAAGUAUCUUAAACAGUCUGUGAUUUACGGUGUAAUUUAGUUUCAUGACUCGCGUUUCUUCUUAGUGGUUCUUCGAUGAGUUAAACGAUCAAUACACACACACACACACACACACCUUUAGGAAUGUGGGUAAUAAGAACAAGGUUAAUAACAAAGCUGAGACAGAUACAAAGUCCUAAAGUUAAACAACCUGUGGUCAACAUUUAAAGAGACAAUACAAGCCUCAUUGUUAUGGUUAAAAACCGUGUUCACGCCUCAUUGUUUGCACGCCAUAAGCUUCCAUUCUUCCUCUCUCCUGGCGGGACGGUGCUGAGGAGGAGGAGGAGGAGGCGACGGGCCGUUGGCAUCGUGUGAUUCUUUUUUAAAUGAGUUUUAUUUAACCUGCAGUGGCUCAUUUGUUAUAUGUAAAGAAGUCCACGACGUCCUGUGAGCGAGUCGACCCGGGCAUGUUUGUGUCAAUCAACAACAAGCCCACGGAUCAAAACAAACCCUGAAGGCCUUCAGGGUUUCUGUCCCCGCCUGUGGACAGGUGGGAAGGAGGAGGAGGAGGAAGAGGUGGAGGAGCCAACCAACACGGCGGGUUUAUGGCUUUUCAUAAUACGACUGUGCCAAAGUUCAGCGCUCGCCAGUCGAGGGACAAUGGAAGGAAAGAAGACACUGAACUAGAUGUUCUUCUGCAGAAACUCACCUGAGGGACGUCAGGGGACACUCACCUGAGAGACCCCUUCUAUCGGCAACGCCACACUCCAGAGGUCACUCCAGAGGUCGUCGUCGGUUCUGAUCGGCCUCUGAGGGCAACAUGGGGACCAGGAAGGCCGAGGUGCAGCGCCGGAUCGUGUCCAAAGACGGCCACAACAACGUGCGCAUUGACAACGUGGAGGGCAUGGUGAAGCUCUACCUGCACGACAUCUGGACCACCGUGGUGGACAUGAAGUGGCGCUACAAGCUCACCCUCUUCGCCUCCACCUUCGUCAUGACCUGGUUCAUCUUCGGGGUCAUCUUCUACUUCAUCGGCAUGGGCAACGGGGACUUCGAGCCCGGCCUGAACGCCAACCACACGGCCUGCGUGGUCAACGUGGAGACCCUCACCGGGGCCUUCCUCUUCUCCCUGGAGUCGCAGACCACCAUCGGCUACGGCUUCCGCUACAUCUCGGAGGAGUGCCCGCUGGCCAUCUUCACCCUGGUGGCCCAGCUCGUCAUCACGGGCCUGGUCGAGAUCUUUGUCACCGGCGCAUUCCUGGCCAAGCUGGCCCGCCCUAAGAAACGUGCGGAGACCAUCAAGUUCAGCAAGUCGGCGGUGGUCUGCCGGCACCGGGGCAAGCUGUGCCUGAUGGUGAGGGUGGCCAACAUGCGCAAGAGCCUCCUGAUCCAGUGCCAGCUGACGGCGAAGCUCCUCCACUCCAACGUGACGGAGGAAGGCGAGAAGACCCAGAUCCACCAGAGCUCCGUGGACUUCUUCAUGGACUCCAGCGGGGAGUGCCCCUUCCUCAUCCUCCCGCUGACCUUCUACCACGUGCUGGACGAGCACAGCCCGCUGGCCGGGCUCACCGCCGAGAACCUGCACACCCGCGACUUCGAGCUGCUGGUGACCCUCAACGCCACCAUGGAGUCCACGGCCGCCACGUGCCAGAGCCGCACCUCCUACGUGCCCCAGGAGGUGCUCUGGGGCUACGAGUUCAGGCCGGUGCUCUUCAGCACCACGGGGGGGCGCUACGUGGCCGAUUUCAACUUCUUCGAAAAGGUGCAGGCCAGCAACGACGCGGCCUUCCUCAGCAACAACGCCGAGAAGCUCAAGCUGGAGGAGGACUUUAAGAAAGAAUAGCGGGGGGUUGGGCGGGGGGGGGUCUGCGUGGUUGGGUUAGUUACACCCGAUAGUCACCCACCUGAUUUUGGGAAUUGGGAGUUUUGUACGAUUUUUGUACGAACAGUAGAUUCUCGCGUUUACCUGAAACAUCUCCCUUUUUCUACCAAAUACAAUAAUAAUAACAAUAAUGAUAAUAAUGAUAAACUAAAUAAAGGUAAGCCAUUAAAAAAGUUAAUUGGAGACAAUACAAGUGAUAAGAGAUGUGAGAAAGUAGUAGUAGUAUAUAUAUAUAUAUAUAUAUAAUAUACAUCGGUUCAUAUAAGACUUAUAUAUAUAUAUAAUGUAUAUUUUAUAUAUAUAUAUAUAUAUAUAUAUAUAUAUAUAUAUAAUAUACAGUGACAGAUGGAAUCGGGCUGCACUGUGUGAUUCGUGUGAACAAACUUUCGCUUGUGUGUUUUGAGGGACGAUGGAUGGUGACGGCGUAAUGACACGUUGCGUCGUACUAAACGGGGUUUUUUUGGUAAAUAAAGAUUUCUUCAUAAACUAAAAGUUCAAAUGAAAUGUCCUUUUUUCGUUGCUGCUGAAAUCGGUUUAUUCCGAGCACCGUUCAGGCGUAUUUGUACUUCUUUAACACUUCUUCCUCACAGUUCAUCUCGGGUCACCAGCGACACAGAAUCAGAAAUAACUUAGAACGGAUUGAUGAAGGAAUGAAGCCGCUUUAGAGACCAAACAGGUUCUCUCAGCUUUUGUUGUAGCAACACACCCUGUGUGCGUGUGUGUGUGCGUGUGUGUGUGUGUGUGUGUGUGUGUGGUGACUGUAUCUGGUAAAAACAACCUUUCAAACCAAAACACAGCUGAUCUUUUACUGUCAGAGACAAACAGACGAGUUUCUCAGCUGUAAAAUGCACGUAACGUGUUGUGUAUUGAUAUUGUGUUCCAUAAUGUAAACUGUUAACCUGCACUGAA